CUUCAAUCAUUUUUAACAGGAAAUGGAUGUAUUUCAUUUCCUUUGUGAUUUUCGCUUAGCUUGUUCGUGCGGUGAAUUGAAGGAAAACAAUCAACAGUUUACGUGUUAUUUAACUUCACUGCGUAUAAAGAGUUAGUCGGUACUGAAAUGUCGCACACAAUUUUGCUCGUUCAACCCACCAAGAGACCCGAGGGCCGCACGUAUGCUGACUAUGAGUCAGUGAACGAAUGUAUGGAAGGUGUUUGCAAAAUGUAUGAAGAACAUCUAAAGAGGAUGAAUCCAAACAGUCCGUCCAUCACAUACGACAUUAGCCAGUUGUUUGACUUCAUUGAUGACUUGGCUGACCUCAGCUGUCUUGUGUACAGAGCAGACACUCAGACAUACCAACCAUACAAUAAGGACUGGAUCAAAGAGAAGAUCUACGUUUUACUGCGACGUCAGGCUCAGCAGGCAGCUAAGUAAAGGGAUCAGUGACAGGCUCACCUGGAUGGAGGUUACACUGCACUACAUUUCCACAGUAUCUUGCAGAUCUGUGUGUAUGGACAUUGUGAUAAGGGUUGGAUUUUCAUGUUAAACCAUCAGCCGAUAAUAGAUGUUUUUUUUUCUUCAAAAAGUAAUGUGAGAUAUUUUGGUCUUUACAUUGGAGAGGAGUGAUAUAUGACCAUGUACUGAUGUUUGUAUAUCAAAGGGAAUUGGGAUGCCAGGGGCUGCAAAAAGAAAUGGGAGAUCUGAUUUUAACAAUCAGGUCUUGUAGGGUUGCAUAAGAAUUUAAGGGAAGGGAUUUUACACAAAAAAAUACAUGAACAAACCACCACAUAUUAUUGAAAAAGAAACAUAACAAUAAAACCCAAUUAAAUGAGCAAUUGUAAAAUAUUGCUCAUACAUUACUUUACAAUGAAGACACUUUAAAUAAUAAAAAAGUAGUUGUGGCAUCACCCAAAGCUGGUUGCAAGAAUUUAAUUUAUUGAUGGAGCGAGUCCAUGGAGUGAAGAGCUCCACAUACAGUCCAUUUGAUAGAGUUGAAGGCUAGUAAUGUGCUUUUAUUUGUCAUAUUUGUUCAGGAUUUUUUGUUUUGUUUGGCUAGUUACACUGUAACCUACUCUGCUUUCUAUAAUGCAUCAGAUUUCAUUUUGUAUUGUUGUGUGAAUGCAUACUGUUUGCCACUGAUGGUUUUCGUUGUGUAUUAGGCAUGGUUCCAUUUCAAAGUGUCUGGGUCUUUUAUAGCACCAGGAUCCAUUUAUUGAAAUUAAAGGUUCUUGUUUAAAA